AUGAUUACAACAAGUAAUAAUUCAAACAACAAUAUUCAUCUCACUAAAGAGGAACGUUCUCUCUUUCGAUGCUAUGUCUUUGACUUUGAUCAAUGUUUAGCCUUCACCAACUUUCCAGAGUUUGUGUCCAAUAAUAAUAAUAUUCGCACACCAACAAGUACUGCGACUCCUCCUACACCUGUGAGCAGUGGUGGUUUGAAGACGUCCUCGUCAUUAGCCAACAACAAUGACAACAAUAUGCCUUCUCCAAACUCAUCCUCUCAAACCUUGCUCUCCUUGUUCAAAUCCUUUCUCGAGAGAGACUGCAGUGGAAGAUUUGUACCGCUGCUCUCACUGUAUUUGCAAAUGAAACAGAACCCUUCGUACUAUGAACAGUCUUUGUAUGAUGAAAAGAAGAAGGAAAUUGAGAGCUUUUUAAGGAGAGAGGCUUUCCCAAGAUUUGUUCGAAGUGAUGACUUUAAGAGCCACGUAGCCAAGAGAAUGAGAAGUUUGAAAUCCAUCCCAUCCUCAAGUACUAGUACCUCGAAAGGAGGGAAUAUGCUCCACAUUGGAGCAGUCCCCAUGAUUCAUUCAACCACUCGAAUCAAACGACAAACGAGCAAUAACUCGCAAGGAAAGGCAAACUCUUCAUCCAAUAUGAUUCUCUCGGUGCAAUCUGUGAGCAGUAGCACACUCGACGAUUCGACUGGCACUCUCGCAAGCAGUAACCAAAGCAAUCAGAGUCAUCAAUUGUAUCAUGCUUUGCAACCAUCCACGCCAACAUCAGUGAAUUUAGAGGCUCCCUAUUCGCCUUCUUUGGCUUCAAGUUCUCCCAAUACGACCUCUUCACAUCAUGAAAGUGACGCUUUUGCCAUGAAAAUGUCAAAAAAGGAUGAUGCUGCAGACGAUGAUGAAGAGGAGGACGAGGAACGUCAUGAAGAAGAUGAAGAUGCCGAUUCGGAAAGUACAACGACCACCACGACCACUUCAUCCACAAGUGGUUCCUAUCAACCCUAUUCAUUCAAUGUCUCAGACUCUACCACAAGCUCUCAACAAUCAUUGGGAUUACCUUCAAGACCUCAAUCAAAGAGUAGACAUUCCGUGUCGAGACAUCUCGCUCUAUUGAGUAAUAAGGCAGUAUUAGAAUAUUUGCAUGCGAUUGGUUCUCCAAUGGAAAUUUCUACUGAACCCUUAUUCAAAACUCAGGUUGAGAUGAAGAGUGCACUCUUCUUCUCAAUGGAUCAUCUUUCAUUGGUGCAAGAUUUUGAAAAUGAUUCACCAGCAUGGGAAAUUGUGUAUACCAUUCCAUGCAGUAUUGAAACAGUUUCAAGUAACAAGUUCAUUCCUGCUCAAAUUCAUAAGGAUUAUUUGAAUAGAGGAGGAGGCGUUUUUACAUUGCAAGCCUGCUCCCCAAAGAAUAAUUUGCAACGAGUGUUGAAUGAUCUUUCUUUGGAAAAAACUUACAAAUGGAAAUAUCAAACCUUUGUUCCAUAUCCUCAUCAUGAAGUGUUUCACAUGUUUGAACAGUGCAAUUUUAAUCCAUGUUUGAAGGGAUGUAAGAAACAAAACAAAAUGUCACGACAAUUGGGUACAGAACUGUUUGAUCCUCACUUUAGUGUCUCUGGAAGUGGAGGUAGAGAUUUUUAUUGCUAUGAAGAGAAGAUUCAACUCUCGAGUGGAAAUUCAUUAUUCAAAUUUGGAAACUCUCACAAGACUCUCAAUCUUCUCUGCAGCAAUUUUUAUGACACUGAAAAGAAUGAAUACGUAUUCUGCUUGAAAUCUCAAGGAUUUGACCAAAGUAAUUCCACCAUUGAGUUGGCAGACAAUGUUUGGGGUGUGAAAUGUUUGACCAUUACAAAAAUCACGAACAACUUGACUCGAGUGAAUGAAUAUGGUUUGAUGUAUUUUGGUGAGAGUUCGAGUAAGGACUAUUUCCUUUCUUCUCUCUUUAACGUUUCUAAUAAGGAUAAGUCUUCCUUCUUUUAUAAUGCAUUGGUAAUGGGAUCAGAGGAAAUGAUCAAGAGAGAACUUGAGAGAGCCUCUAGCUACAACAGCAAACACAAACAAUCUGUUCAAAAGAAAUCAUCCAAUACCAUUCGAAAUCAAUGUCUUCAUCAGAAUGAGGCACUAGUGGCCAAAAGAUUGUCAACUGUUGAGAAUGAGGAGACAAUGGAAUAA